AUGGGUCCAGCCCGCAUCUCCUGCCGAGCGCAUGCUCUGGAGGACGGUGGGAGGAGCACCUGCCAGAGCCAGCAUCAUGAAGACUUCCAGCGAUUUAGGCGCAAAGGCAUCGUCUGGGAAGCCAAAUGUGCGGGCUUCGGUUUUGUGACGAACAUCCAGCCCAGCCACCUUUGCAAGAAGAUGGGCUUGUCGAACCUUCAGAACACCGCCGAGGACACUGGGUCCCUUCCAAUGUGCAAAGCUGCGAAGUGUCUCACCCAGGUCGGCCAAUUCCGGAAGACCAAGAUGUGCCGCUUCCACGAAACUGGGAGAUGCCGCUACGGAGACGAGUGUCCGUUUGCGCAUGACCCAUCAGAGCUGGAGGAGCUCCCAGAUCUUCGCAAGACUUCCAUUUGCAAGAAUUGGCAACAGGGACGCUGCUCCCAUGCCUCCGAACGAUGCCCGUUUGCCCACGGCAAGGAAGAACUCCGGAAGACACCGCCUUUCGGACGCAAGAGGUCUGGCCAGGGCGAGACCUUUGCACGAAAGGACAGCUUCGAAGGCAGCGACGCCUAUGCUUCGACAUCGGAGGGCUAUCGCAGUGGAUCUGGAUACUUCACCGAUAUCGACAGGCAGUCGUCUUCAAGCUUCGAUGAAGAGCCCGCAAGUGUUGAGCUGGAAGCAGUCGUUUGCGCAACGCUGGGGUUGCAUGUGAUGGACCACGGUGUCGUGACCCAGUGGGAAGGCCUCGUGGAAGUGUUCCAGGCAGCCCUUGACGAGAUGAAGGUUCACGACCCAUCUCAACACCCUUGCCUGGUCACGGAGGCUCCCUUCAACCCGACUGUGCAUCGGGAAGUGCUAGUGGAGAAACUCUUUGAAGAGCUUCGAGUGCCAGCAGUGCAGGUGGUGCACUCUGGGGCUCUUGCGCUCUAUGCGACAGACAGGCGAACUGGCCUCGUGAUUGAGGUCGGCGAUGGUGUGGCUCAAACAGUUCCACUGUUCGACAGCUACGUCGUCACCAAUGCGGUGCAGCGACGAGACUUCGGGGGACGAGACUUAACUGCAUACCUGGGGGAGCUCCUUCAAAGAGAGCUUGGAUACAAAGAGGCGCUUGCUGACGAGGUAUGGUGGACGCAGCUACAGACCGUGAAGGAGCGGAUGUGCCGAGUCGCGACCCAGCACGCGCCCUCCUCGCGACAGGAUCCCGUGCAGCAAGAGUACAAGCUGCCCGAUGGCAAGGUUCUGGACUGGGAGCAAGGCCUUCUGUCACAAUGUGCUGAGGCACUUUUCCAACCUGGUCAGCACUUAAAGCUGGACGAGGAGGCUGUGGGCAUCCACAAAAUGGCCGCCAGCAGUGUGCUGGCUUGUGGUCUUGACAUCCAGAAAAGCUUGGCAAACAGUGUUGUUCUCUCUGGAGGUUCGACGCUGUUCCCAGGGAUGUGUCAGCGUGUUCAAGAGGAGCUGCAGCGACUGCUCCCAUCAGCCGUGAAAGCCAAAGUCACGCGUGUGGCCAAGCCCACGUACGCAGCUUUCAUGGGAGGGUCUAUCUUGGCUUCAAUGCCAGACCUCCAGAGAACCUUCAUGACCAGGAGUGAGUACCUGGAGUACGGUGCUUCAUUCAUCCAGAGCAAGAGUGUGCAGCAGCUUCUUUGGGACCCGCUGGGCCUCGUGGCAAACGAGGCACCAGCAAAUUGUGCGCCGAAGAACUUCGACAUUGGACAAGACCUGGAUCAGAGCUGGCGACAAGGUCUCUCUCAGCAGAUAGCUGAUAGAAGCCGUGUGCCGAUGAGGACUGGAUUCGACCACCCGAUGAUUGCCGCAGUGCCAGCUAUGGCCGGUAUGCAAAGGCCUGAUGCCGCGCAGGGGUACAUGAUGGAGGGUGGUGUGGUUCCUGCAAUGCCUGGGCAUUUCGUGUUGAUGCCUGCCAUGCACCUGUCGCCACCUGUCAUGUGGGAGGGAACCACUCCGUACUCGCCAUCCGGAAAAGAGCUUGAGGAGAUGCUGCGGAAGGCGAUGCCGACACACUAUGAUGACUGA